CAACUCUCGACUCCUUGAUUAUUGAGAUCACCCACCUGUGUCACUCGAGGUCGAUCAAUCGAAUCUCCUGCACGGCCUCUCAGUCUCUCUCUUUAAACACGAUGGCAGCCCCUGGAGCCUCCUUCCCGGCUCACCUGCAGACCAACCGUCGGACUGAAGCGCACCAACAACGCCUGCUUCAAGUUCAAGCCGAACUCUUAGCUGCCAAACACCCCAUCCUCUCCAACGGACCUGGUGCUAAACCAGCAGGACUGUAUAACGAGGGGAAUACUUGUUUCUUCAACUCGACGUUCCAGGCUCUGGCAGCGACGACGAGCUUGAUAGAUCUCGUGGGACCAGUCAUCUUUCCUUACACGUCGUCCUCGGCGAAUGCUGCGGUAGCUCCCUCGGCAGCUCCAUCAGCAGAAGCUUCGUCCGCUACUGCAAACGAUACGAACCAUACUACACCUCACUUGCCACCCGAAGUUCAAGCUCUUGACCACCCAGCCAAAUCAUACACCUCCAUAGCAACAGGCUCAGAUGGCUACCCCCUUUACCCACACUCCAUCCCUUCCCUCCUGGAUGCCGCUCUCGAGCCUGAACACGCCAAACUCCUCCCAGUCACUCUGGCUUUCGAGAAAUGUCUAGGGAAAGCUUGGAAGGCCAAAGAUGAAGGACUGAAAGAGGCCGAGAAAGUGGCUGCGAUCAAGGCCAGCGAGGAUGGGUCGGGUGCAGGUGCAGGAGGUUCAGCGGAAAAGGAGAAGAGCGUCAGUCUGAAGGCGUUGUUGAGAGAGCUGGGGAAAAAGUACGAUCAGUACGAGGAUUACCGCCAACAAGAUGCCCACGAGCUCCUGCGUCACCUCCUAGACUCGAUGUCAAUGGAGGAAAAAGACCUGAUCAAGGUCCUCCAGCCUCCUUCUCCCACCGCUUCGGGACAUCUCCGUCCAGGUCACGGUCAAUCGAAACGGACCCGACAACGCAACUCUCACCAUUCAGGUUCGAGCUCGGGCGUGGGAGCCGGGUUGUUGACGCACACCGCCGAGGGGGAGGAAAAGGUCGAUGGGGUGUUGGUGAAGGAUCGGAUGAUCCCCUUUGCAGAUGCCCUCUUUGGCGGUAGUCUGGUUAGCGUGGUCAUCUGCCAGGGGUGCAAAAGCGUCUCGCAUACGUACGAGGGGUUCAUGGACAUUAGUCUCAGUAUCGGGAAACAACAGCCCAAAGUCAGAAAGCGCGACCGGAUCAAGGCCGUAUUCAAGCUCGGAUCGCAUAAAACGUCCGGUCCGCCCCCUUCGGCUCCCUCGUCGGGCGCGGCUAACGGGCCUAGCGUCUACCUCGAAGGGGUGCACGAGGCCUUAUCUGCCGGGGAGCAUCAUGAUUCGACCACGGCUGACGAGGAAGGGUUUGGGUACAGGUUCCCAGGAGCUGCUAAUCCUCACGUUGGCGGUGGGAGAAAGGAGAGCGUGACGAGUACGACCGCGGUCUCGAUGACGAGCGGGUCAGAGGCGCCGAGCGUCAGCGCGGGGUUCUUUGGGAACAAGCUGAAACGGGAUUCGAUGGAUUCGACGUCCAAGCCGUUGAAGAAACGAACGUCGUUGAGUUCGUGGACUGGCAAGAGGCGAGGAUCGAGACCCAGUACGACAAGCAGCAUUGAUUCUGCCGAUGUCGGAGGGGCUGGAUUUGGAGAACCGCCUCAUCGGCCUUCAUUUGGCGCGACGACAGGCGGUGGAUCUGGGGGCCAAACUCCGAUUCAAGCUCCGAGCGGGCAGCAGAAGGGAAUCUCGAGUAUAUACCCGUUUUCCGGGUUUAGGAGCAACGAGACGACCCCGACCAGCUCCCGACGGAAUUCCCAGGUCGGGCUUACGCUCGAUAGCUCGUUGGUGGCAGAGAGCAUUGAAGAGGAGGAUGCGACCAAGCCACCCAAGCCUAGACCGGAACAGGCGGCUUACAUCCGGAGGUUGUUGAACGGACCCAAUCUGCCGCCUAGGGCGAUGGACGACCCUUUGGAGCGGUUGAGAAGUGGGAUGGCUCAGAUGCAGGUGCAGCAGGGUCUGGGCGCGACUGGUGGACAUUCGGCGGGUGAGGGGAAUGGCCUGGCAGAAGGUCCUGCAGGGGUAUCUCUGCCCGCGAUCGACGGGCUCGAGACGGAUCUCAUGGACAGCAUGAAAAACUUUACAGCGGUCGAAGUGUUGGAGGGUGAUAAUGCGUUUGCGUGUCACAAGUGUUGGCGAUACAAGACCGGUCGGGGUGGACGGAGACGCAAGUUGGCGAAACUGGCCAACGUUCCGCCUGCAGGCGGGACCUCGUCAAGCAGCAGCGAUAGCGAGGAUCAGCAGGCCGCUCAGCCGGCCAAGGGGCAUUCGGUGGCCUUUGCAGAGCCUCGGAUGGUCGUCCCCGAGAUUGCCGUAACGACCGACGAUGAACCCAUGGGGCGUGUUACUCCGACGCAAGAAAACGUCGUGCCCAAUUCGUCGCUCACGGCCAAUCGCUCGCCUAGGCCCAGCACAACCGGGAGCGUCGAGACUGACAGACUCACCGUUGCGUCGAGCAACUCGGGCAGGUCUGGAUCAGGGACGUCGGGAUACCAGACGUCAUCUGAGGAGAGCAGCGACGAGGGACCUGUCGGACGAUUGAGUGUGGUCCGACCACCUCCGCCUCAACGACGAAAGUCUCAGCACUUUGUGCUCCAGCGGGCGUUCAAGCGAUACAUGAUCGCACGGGCACCUCCCGUCCUCGUCUUCCACUUUAAGCGGUUCCAGCAGUCGAGCAAGCAAUCCGCAGCCAACAUGUACUCGGGAAGCUUUGCCGCGCUGAAAAAGAUUGACGACUUUGUCUCGUUCCCCGAGAGGAUCGACCUGAGCCCAUUCCUCGCUCCGGAGCGACAGGAUUACAAGGUCGUCAUCGGGCCUGAUGGAGUGGGACGGGCCAAGUACCAGGACCAUCCUCCUGGUGACACUGGUCCUGAACUCGUUCCCAUGCGGUACAGGCUAUAUGCCGUCGUCGUGCAUCUUGGUCUGACUGCCAUUAGCGGUCACUAUGUCUGCUACGUGUUGGUAGACCCGGGCGUCAUCAUCAAGACCAGGGCAGGUUCCGCUACCUCUUCCGAUGCGCAGGAUACGCAUUGCGAGCCCGACAUGGCCGCCGCUGCCGUUGCCGACCCCAUGGACGGCACAUCUACCGCCCCACACCCCGUAGACAACCGGGUGUGGUGUUACUGUUCGGACACUUCGGUCAGGCUGGCGAGUCUCGAUGAAGUUCUCAAGGCAAAGGCGUAUAUGUGUUUCUACGAGAAGACGAAAUAGAUCAACAACAGCGCGAUCCGCGAUUAUGAGAGGUCAUGAGAGGACAUGACAAGGCAACACACAGGUUGUAGUAUACUAUACAUAGGCAUAGGCAGGAUCGUGGCUUCCGUCUCGAUGAUCACAAGAGCAUGAAGUCCUCGAUUUGG